AUGCGGCUGCAAUGGAUUAUCUUGUUUUGUUGCUCAUGUUUUGGAAUUUUGAACACUCAGAUGCCACCACCAAAACCACCUCGUUCAUCAUCAUUGGCUAGAUUUGGUUCACGAGGUUAUGCAGGCAGUCUUUCUUCUAUACCAGAGGAAACAAUAGAAAUGAGAAGAAAGAAUCAACAUCACUCAUUGACACUAGUUGCAACGGAAAUGCCAAAAGUAUUACCAGAAGUAUCUAGAACUUCUGCAAAAAUAAUGCAGCCAUUAGACGAUAACUUGGAAGAGACACACAAAGAUCUUGAUGUGCCACCACCAAAACCACCUCGUUCAACAUCUUUGGUUGGAUACGGUCCACGAUGUUAUGGAAGCCGUCUUCCGUCUAUACCAGAGGAAACAAUAGAAAUGAGAAGAAAGAAUCGAAUCCUUUCAUUGGCAACUUCACCAGUUGCGACGAAAACGCCAAAAGUAAUACCAGAUGUGCCUAAAUAUUUAAAAAAAAUAGUAGAUCAAAAAGCAGAAUCAGAAGUACCAGAGACGAAGGGGGCGAUGACAAAAGUACCAGAAAAGAGAGCUGUUUCAGCAAAGAAAGCAGAUUACUUGAACAAUAAAUUGGAAGAGGCAUAUAAAGAAUUCGAAGAUAGUUUGAAAUUGUUUGAACCAACGCUACGUGAACGCCUCACGCAUUUAAGAAAAGUUGAGUUGAAAAAAUUCACAAACAUUGCAGCACUGAGCGAAAAGGCAGAUUACGACGGACUUAGAAAUCAAUCCGAAUUAGUAAUAAUAGAAGACUUGAAAGAGAAAAUGUUACCGAACUCUAGCCAUUCAAAUCAGUUAGAAACAAAGAAUGAUUUUUGUAUUGAAAAAUUUUUGAAGGAAUUAGAUGCAAUGGCAACUGAAUAUGAAAACUUUUUGAAACGUCGAGAAGAUAUUCAACUUGAAAUGCUCAGCAGUCCCGAAAUUGAUUCAACUUCUCCAGAACUUGAAUCUUCUGAUGAUUCAGAGUCAGAUUAUAUGGCAAUGCUUGAUUCUCUUAAUAUCACUCAAUCAAACGAUUCUAAUGAGAAAGAAACUGAUUGGAAACAAAUAGCAUAUUCAGUAUUCGGUGGUUGA